AUGCUGAGACACGUUUCAACUCUGCUGCAGGUGGGAGCAUCUUGAGUACCCGCUGCUCUGAGACGUAUGAGACCAAGACCGCACUCAUCAGCCUGUUCGGCGUCCCGCUCUGGUACUUCUCCCAGUCCCCCCGCGUGGCCAUCCAGCCUGACAUCUAUCCAGGGAACUGCUGGGCAUUCAAAGGCUCCCAGGGGUACCUCGUGGUGAGGCUGUCGAUGAAGAUCCACCCGACCACCUUCACCCUAGAGCACAUACCAAAGACUCUGUCGCCCACGGGGAACAUCACCAGCGCCCCCAAGGACUUCGCGGUCUACGGAUUAGAAAAUGAGUAUCAAGAAGAAGGGCAGCUCCUGGGACAGUUUACCUACGAUCAAGAAGGGGAGUCACUGCAGAUGUUCCCUGCCCCGAAAAGACCAGAAAGAGCUUUCCAAAUAGUGGAACUUCGGAUUUUUUCUAACUGGGGCCAUCCCGAAUACACAUGUCUUUACCGGUUCAGAGUUCAUGGCGAGCCCAUCAAGUAAAGAGACUACUCACUGUUCUUGUACAUUUUGUAUAUACUGGGACAGCCUGGAACACUGGAAUCCUUCAUGGACAUGGGCAUACAGAGAGCAGGAUAAUGUCACCCCUGAAAUAAACGCACUGACUGCCAGCAGGACAGGCGUGGAAGCGAUAAAUGCUGACACCCAGCUUGCUGUUCUGUCCACAGGAAACACUGCAUGUUGACUGCUUGGGCUCAGAGACCCGCUAGCUACAGGUGGUCUCUGUGGAAAUUCAUUUGAAUGUAUGGUUCAGAAAGACACUUACUUUUGGCCUGGGGGAUUUGUUUUUGAACAUGAAAUUCUUUGUAUUUGCUUGACAUCAGGAACAAAGCAAAGGAAGUGAAAAGGUUUGGAGUGUUCGUGAAGCCCCGACAGCGGCCUUCACAGGCCCUUUUAAAGGACCUUCUGGGGCAGAUGUGUGUUCAACCCAGCACACGUUUCUUUCAGGGAAGAACAGUGUCACCAAAGUUCAGAGUUCUGAACUCCCUUUCUUUAGGGUGAGAUUCUCCUCUCUUCGGCACCAGUAGUUCUUUCAAGUCACCAGGUGGGGAAGUAAUGAACACGGGUUCUCCUGCCUAGUUUGCUCCCACAUCUGAGAAUGAUUUUCCGUCAGGUCUUGGCGUGUGAACAUCCGUUCAGGAACCCUGGAGAGUUUCCCUUUGCAGGUUGAAGUGGGUCUGCUUCGAAAGGGGAUGGUCUGGAUCUACACAAACAUGUAAAUAGAGUUCUCAGGUCUCCACUGGGCUCAUCCCAUUAGAUUUUCCCCACAGUUUUACUUCACACUACGAAUAGGAACCAAGAAAUCCAAUCUUUUGGAUAUGUUCAGGUUUUGUGUUGAAUUUUUCUGGAGAAGCAAACACUAACAUGCUCUAGGUCUUUCAGGGGCUUAUGCUUUUAUUCCACUGAUGGUUAUUAAAGGAGAUUGUCCCGUGUGGCAAAUUCAUGAAACCAGGACAUUUGGUGAUUAGGUUUUCUUACAGCAGCACUUUGUACUGGCUCUGGUUGGGAUUUGCCUUUUAAUUACAGCUGUUGGCCAUUCUCUUUCAAUUCCUGUGAGACUUGCUUUGGUUAUAAUUAGUAUUUAAUAUUUAGACUAUUUUACUGAGCAGACUUUAUAAAUGAGAUAUCUGCAAGGCACUUAAAGUGUUACAGAUGUUUGACCUUAAAAAUUAUUUAAGUUUUAUUGGGUUAAGACAGUCUUUUGGUGUACCAUAAAUGUUGUAUUUUCAGAAAAAGAUAAAAUGAUGGUGCUGACUGGUUUUCUGAAGAGUUUUAUGUAUAUUGCACAACAGUCCUCAGAUAUACAAAAACUACAUAACUAGCAUUUUUUUCACUCUUGUUAGAACUGAAACUAAUGCCUAUGCAGUUAAGUUGGGUAAAGUGUAUACAGAUGUUUCAUAUAUUACAGGAUACAUAUAUAAAUCAAAAUUUCCUAUAUAAAACUAAAUUUGGGAGAUGGGGUGGAAAUAUUUUGAAUAUUAAUUUAUUUUUAAAGAUGAGAGAUAGGACUUUGUGCAAUGUAUUUUUGUAAAUGCUUUUCAAAAUAUUUGUCAUUGGUAGAGCUUCUUUCGCUGCCACCAAAUUGGUAAGAUGCUAUCGAAACGUUUAAAUAAAGAGUUUUAAUUUUUAAAAAAAUGCAUGUGAUAUUUCAGAUGAACAAUAAACAGUGUGUU